AAUCCGCGGACCCAGGUCUCGGAGGCCGGGGGCGGGAGGCGCGACCCGGAGCGCAUUCAGGGCGGACCGGCGCCAGCCUUGAAACUCCGGCGGGAUCUGGGGCCGCGACAUGGACCUGGCGGCGCUGCUCGUCAAACUGGGUCACCAGCUGGUGGAAAUUAGAAUUCGCGCCCUGAAGAAUAUUUUGAGCAAAAUUGAUCAUGGAUUGAUUUCUAUUAUUGAUUUGGCACAAGAAAAAACCCUUUUUGUACGACUAUUUGAAUGGUUCAACUUCCCAAUAGUUCCAAUGCAAGAAGAUGUAUUCAAGCUAUGCGGGCAACUUGUAAAGUAUUCUUCAGCGGCUCAAAUGUUUCGAGAAAUUGGGGCUUUGGAAUUUCUAGCACAACUUCGACCCAAUGUGGAGCCAAAUCUUCAGAUCUGCAUUGACGAGGUCAUGGAUGAUCUGCUUAAACUGCCUGAUACAAUUGUGGAUGUUGAUCCUGCAGUUGCCUAUCGGUCACAAUCUUUAAAAUCCUCUGACAAAGUCAUGCCGAUUGUACCACCCGAGGAGGAAGAAACAAUGGUUGGUUACUUUCAGCGACACAGUGGCAGUCAAGUGGAACCAAAUGAAAUUCCACCCCGGAAAGCUGUUGUUAACGAUGCGGUGAAAUGUCUGAAAUAUUCAACCUUCCCCUGGUUAACCCUGACAACGACAGACAGGCAUGUUCUUCUGUCCAAUGAGAGCUCUCUAAAAAGUAGCAAUCGCACUUUAGUUCGCAGUACAUGUGAGCUUUUACAAGACGUAAUCAUGCAAGAUUUUCCAACUGAGAUCUUUCUUCAACGUCCAAAGAUUGUUCAGAACCUUCUUUUGUUGACCAAGUUAGCAUUUGAAAGGGAUGGAAAACAAUAUUUGGCAAUGCUUGCUAUAAGCUGCCUGACUCAACUCUGCAGGUAUUUACAAAGCCGACUGAACUUCCACAGGGAUCCCAGCUUCUUUUCUGCAAAGCAAGGUUUAGUUUCACAGAACUCGUCCUUGGCUUAUUCCCAAGAAGCACGAGGAAUGCACGUAUCCCAAAAUCCAUCUCCCAGAAGUACCAGUCCCAGACCGUCAGUGGUUGGACGAACAGUUCAGCGCCCCAGAGGUGAUGGCCAAGAUGGUGAUGCAGCAUCCUCAAGUGGAAGCAGUUCCCAAGGAAUUCCUAGCCCUAGAAGUCCGAUGUCAAAACAUUCUUUGGCUGAUCUGACCCGUUUGGAAUUACCCGAGAUGGAAAAUGAGGAUUCCUUGGAGCUUCAAUUCCAGCAGCUUAGUCUUCCACAGUUUUGUGUGGCUGUCCUGGAGCAUGCAGUACCCUUGCUAAAAACAAGUAGUAGGAAGACGGUGAUAAAUGUGCUCGAAUUGUUGACAGAAGUGGUAAUGCUUAUCGGCGAUUCAAUCUCUGAAGAUGUGUGGGUGGACGAGAGUCUUACAGGUCGAGAACUGAAAGAAAGUCUGAUAGCAACCUUGGAUGCUUUAGGGGAAGUUCUUGCAUAUCAUAAUACCAGCACUUCUGUAGAACACCCAGAAGCGAUUAUAGUGCACCACCGAAUGGCAUUUGUCAGCAUUGCAUUAUUCACUGUACGUUUGCUGCAAACAGUCCUCCCUGUGGAGAAGGCCAGUGAAGUUCUGCCAGAAAGCAUUGGAAAUGUGCUUUAUCUUCUGUCUCUGGAUGUCCCAUUCCGUUUGAGCUAUUUCAACGUUCAUGAGUCUGUCACUGUCUACCUGGAGCAGGUUAGCUUGCAGAGCUACAAUAUCUAUAAGAGAACCACAGAAGUAGCACACUCAAUGGAAUAUGCAUGUUCCUUUAUCAAUGAGGCUGAAGCAAUGAAUGAAAAGAAUCUCAUGGAUUUGAUUGAAUUGGCAGAUCAGGCUGUGAUCAGCCUUCCCUACCAUCGGCAGCUCCAGCUGGUCCAGAAGUAUAUUAACAUCUGCUCUGAAAUUUGUAAAUCGACACAGGGCAGCCCAAUACAUCAAGGAGAAAGUCAGAAAGUGUUCCUAAAGCUCUUAUCUCAUCCCCUGCCAGUUAUUAAAACUGAGUCUUAUUGCUACUCUUUAACCCUUGUAAAGGAUUGCUUGUCAAUCAACAAUGUAACCAAACCAGUAUCAUCCGUGUCUCAUGGUGUUCAUUUUCUGCUCCAUCCUCGGGUUUUGUAUGAAAUAUGCACUUUUGGCUUACAAGACCCCAUAGAGAAGGUGAACACUGCUGCAAAGGACAUAAUCCUCUACCUAAUGCAAGGACAUCUAGUUAUGAGCGCUUUAAGCUGGAACAAGUUAUGUGAAGCUCUCUACCCUGUUAUUCCAGCCCUGCAGGCCUUUGCAACUGUAGAUGGGCCGCUGGGACGCUGCAUUCUUGCAUUGAGUGAGCCACAGGAUGAAUCUGCACCCAGCAUUUUGCCAAGGAUAGCAAGAAUCCGUGCAUCUCUUCGCCUAUUUAUGAGUAAACAGCAUUCGGUACGCUCUGUAGCUAUUACACACUUAAUGCCACAUUUGGUAAAUGAAGAAGAUGCCUCCAAUAAACAGCCUGCAUUACAAGGAAGUACAUUCAACAAUGUGUCUGAUCUGUAUAUAUUGGAUAAGACUAUAGAUUUACAGUUGGAAGAUAAUGACAAAACUUUCUUUAAGGAUGAGAGUGUUUGCAAAGUAUAUGAAAUCUUGAUCUCGGAGACUGUCGACCUGAUUCUACGGAAAUCUGCAGCGGAACAACUAGCGAUUAUGGCUCAAGAUACUAAAAUUCACGAAGGACUGAAAAACCUUGGAAUAGCAGAAAAGUUAGUUUCAUUUAUACUUGAGAGUAUACACAAAAAUGGAAAGAACAUGCAAUGUUUGGUGUUGCCAUGUCUUUCUAUUUUACGGAAGCUGGUUUACCUGGACCCGACGCUGCGCCACAGCCUGGCUCAGCAAUCUUCAUUUCUACUUGCUCUUUUCAGAGUAUCUCUGAUUUUGCGUAAUGACACAGAUACAGUUUCUGAGGUGGCUGCCUUACUGACCCUGCUUCUUUUUGAUGAAAUAGCCAGAAUAGAUGCUGGGUCUAAUAGUGCUGCUGCUCCUUCUCCAUUCAGCUUGCCUGUUACUGUAACUCGGAGGUACAAAUUAAUGGUCAAAGUGGCAGUACAUCAUGUUGUGAGCCCCUACUGUAUUGUGGUUCCAUCUACAUCGGAUGCAAUGUCCAUGAAACCUGUAUCGCACACGUUGAAAAUAGCCUGGAACCUUGCAUGGUAUCAUGGAAUUGAGCAAAUCAUAGAUCAGACAAUUGACACCACACCUGAAUUUCCAGAGGACAUGAUACUGUCUCCUGUUGACAAAGUGGUGCUAAAAACAAGUCAUACUGCCAGUGGUCUGCAGGACUCUCUUCUUUCCAUCACCCAGGCAGAUUCUCACAGUGCUGUCAAUUCUGCUCUUGCCAGGAUGAGAUUAUAUUUAUUGAAUGAUAAACUAGCACUGAAACAAGGAACCAGCAGCAGCAUAUCUAUCUUGCACAACCUUGAAUGGCAGACAGCAUUGGGCAGGUUUUUACAAGUUCUUCCAGCCUGCGUUGAAGAUGAGAAACUUUUAGCUGAUGUUGUGACUUUCCUAACCAAAAUCUUGAUAACUCAAAAGGAUGGUACAGAUGCGAACUACCUACGCUCAGUCUUGGAGCUCCUGGCUAAACAGGAAAGCAGUUCGCUGCUGAAUUUACUGCAGACAGAAUCAUCAGCUCAAGGUGAAAUGGAUGAAGUUCAAAGUCUUGUAAGACAGAAGCUGCAAAAGGAACUGACAGGAUUCUUCAAUGCAAUAUUGCAAUCCCUCACUUUUACUACAGACAGAAAGUGCCUGUACUUAGCUGGUCCUUUCAGAACCCAGUUGGCAGGCAAACUCUUACAAUGCUUGCGGAUUACAAAUGCCCCACAUUUCUACGGGCUUCCUUCAUUAGAGCGGGCACUGCAGGGAAUGGUCCACAUCACUGCUCUUCCUGGAUGGAGUUUGCACUCAGACACUGUGGAAUCCUCUUCACUUUGUACUAAAUAUCUGAAUGGCCUUCUAGAGGUAAUUUCAUCCUUUUAUGUGGAAUGGGGAGGAAAUGCAGUGUCUUUCAUGGGUAAAGGUGUCACAAAGAAUGCAGUUAUCUGCUUGCUCCAGCUGUCCUACGAGAUGAAAACACAGGCCAAAGAUAAGGAUUGGAUAUCUAUGUGGUCUUUGGUCUACGAGCAUAACAUUGAAGAUCAUGUGCCAUCAAGACUUGACCUAGCCUGGCUUAUUCCCCUGUGGGUUGACCGAGAUCCUGAGGUACGUUUUGGCAGCUUGGGUAUUGGAUCAGCGUUAACACUGGUAGAAAGUGGCUGUGUUGCAUUGGCAGCCAGCUGUCAAAACAUUUCUGGAGGAUUGUGGGGCACAGUGCUUAAUAUCUUUCUGGACCAGUCUGAGUGCAGUAUGGUUCGUAAAGAGGCUGCAUCCAUUCUCCAGAAUUUGCUGAUGAUUCGAAUGCCAGCCACUAUGGAGGAAGCCAAGGAUUACAUCUGGCAGAGCCCCUGUGUUCACAAUGAGGAGUCUGGCUUAUCCCUAGUCGGGCUGCCUGCUCUCCAGGCUCUGUUGUACCAUUGCCAGUUCUUUGAGCAUGUAGCUCAUAUGGCAAAACACUGCUACCAGGGAAGGUACAUGUUUGAUUUAAACUUCCCAAAAACUACGAGCAGUAGUUUGCUCAGCACCACUUUAGAAGAUACUGACUCACUGCAGUAUUGGAGAGCAUCAUCCAGUCUAUCAAAUCACAGUCAGUUGUCAAGUUUUCCAUCAACAUCAAGUACUGUGAUUUUGCCAAUCUCAUCCUUAUCGAUGGCUGCAUCUGAUUUCCAUGGUCUGCUGCAAGCGUCGGCUGUGUCUCCUAUUCCUAUUCUUGAAUCUCCCAUCAACAGGCUGACAGCUCAAGGCCAGAGUGAAUCAGAAGUCACAGAAUCUCUGCACAGUGAGAAUUCCCAUGAUUCUGAACUUUUAUCGGAGCAAUGCGCAGUUGUUACCCUUCAGUUCUUGUCAGCUGUGUGCAGCUUGCUUGCCAACCUACUGGCAGUCAUUCCAGAAGACACAUUAACUGCAUUCAAGCAAAACCACCUUCUUGUAGCUUUCAAUGGGUUGGCAAAUAUUAGUUUACUUGAAAAGUGCAUAUGGGAGCUGGGAAUACCACUGACUCGGCCGAACCACAUCCAGGAUAUUAAAGUUCAGGUAUUGAGCCAUCUUCAGUAUCUAUGCUCUCUUUCUGGACUAAUCCAAUCCAGUUUAAUCUUGCAUCCAGAGUUCAUAAAUCAAGAUGACUUGCUGAAGCCUUUGUUGUCAAAUGUAUUUUCAGCACUUUGUAUACGCUGCAAAGACUAUUUUGGCUGUGAGAUAACAUCUGGGAUCUACCAAGCGUGGACGGACUUGUUUAUUCUUUUGAACACAAUUCUCCGGAAAUGUGGUCAGGCUAUAUUCCCAGCUGUCGUAACUGCUGUGACAAAGCAGUGGGUUGCUUUCUUAGAGACUAUUUCCUUGUGCAUUCAACUGUCCGCCUCCAACCCUAGCCUGCAUACGAUAUCCCUGCAAUUCAUAUCUCUUCUUCUGAUGGAAGAGGGGAAGAAUCAUCUUGGUGCGGAAAAGCAUUCAAUCCAGUGUCUGUCUCUGACUGAGCUUCUGGAUGAAGAUGAAGAUGAUGUAUCAUCAGGCACUAUGCUUUGUGAGAGUUUAUUACAGAGCUACGAGGGUAAAUCAUCUGAAGACACUCAGAGGAAAGUCACUGCAGGUGCUCUCAUCGCAUUACUUCCUGUGAGUGUUUCUGCACAGAAGCAUGCCUUGCAGGCUGGCCUCGUUGACAGCUGUAUAGAACAGAUGAAGCAAACGUACGUACAAUUCAACUUGGAUUCAUUGAGGCCUGGAAAAGUAAUCCAAAGAAAAAAGGAUGACCCCCUUACCAGGGAGCUAAAAACAGUGAUGCAAUUACUGAGGAAUUGUCUAUAUCACAACGUCGAAUGCAAAAUUGCGGCAUCUGAUGCUCAUCUUGUGAAUGCUAUUCAUUCACUUUGGCCCUGGUUUUUAAUGGAUGACGUACUAAUGUUGGAAGUUCUGAAGUUGCUGUGUGUCUACACAGCGAAUCUUCCUGCAUCAUGUGCUUCCUUGUGUUGUGGAACUGGAGGACAAUUAAUUCCUCAUCCAUCACAGAAAGGAGUUGGGGGGAACGCCCUUGUCCAUAUGAUUAUGAAGCAAGCCUUGCAGAAGAUACACGAUAAUCAUACCAUUCAACAAUUGGCAUUUGCUGUGCUCUCCAACUUAGUUAUGUCCCACGAGUGUAAAGGCAUUUUACAGAAGAGCAAUUUCUUGCCGAACUUCCUUUCUCUGCCAUUACCGAAGGCAGCAGGAAAACAAGUAAGCAAUUUGGCAAUGCUUUGGCUGAAGCUGUUGCUGAAUUUGUCUUUUGGUGAUGAGGGACAGCAGAUGAUUCUGAAGAUGAAAGGUAGUUUGGAGCUAUUGGCAACAAUGUCCCAGCAAAAGUGCAAGAACAACCAACCCACAGCACUGCUUGUUCUUCACAAUGUUUGCUUCCAUCCAGCUAACAAGCCAAAGAUUCUAGCUAAUGGUAAAACUGCGUCAAUAUUUGCUGCUUGCCUCGAAAAUGAGAAUCCUUUGGUUCAGACUAUCGGAGCCUCAGCUCUCUGGGCUUUGCUUCACAACUAUCAGAAGGCAAAAGUGACUCUGAAAAAUCCAUCAAUCAAGAGGAGAGUGGAUGAAGCUUGCUUUUCAGUUAAAAAGUGUCCCCCUGAAGGUCUAGUAAACAGCUAUCUUUUGAAGUGCUUGGAAAAUCUCGCAGUCCUGCUGAACAGUUAAUACCUUGCCUAGCUUUGUGAACCUUUUAUUGUGAAAUGGAGUGCAAUCUUGCUAUAAAUCAUGUGUAUGUUUCAUCGAGAUUCUAAUUUAUUUUCAGUAAUAAAAUUUUCAUUAGAUUAAAUCGA